GCCGACCAUCCGGACAGGGAGGGCAGUAGCAACUAGCAACCGACCAAUGCUAUUCCAGACUUGGGCAGCGGGCUACCUCUCGAUCUUAUCAUUCCAUCACACACCUUGUUCGUUGUGGCGCGUCGUCAGCACAGCCAACUUGCGGGGCCCGAAUAAAUUCCCAGAUCUCCCCAUCUGAUUCAUUCCUACUUCUCUCUCCUGUUUCCUGCCAGUUCACAUACAUCUACACCGAAUUGACAAUUCUGACGACCUACAAGCAGAAACAUCGUGACAAGAGAAAUCAAUCUCUGCCUUGAGUUCACCAUUAUUUUCAAUCCCACCAAAUAAACCUAUACACAUCAAAAUGCCUUCUUCCACCGACAACGUUCCCCAGCCACAACAAACAAUGGAGAUGGUGACCCCACAGGACGCCAUCAUCUCCCAGCAACCUACAACUGAGCCACAGCCCGAGAUGUCGACCGAAGGAACAUUGCGCGGCGGCUUCGUCGAGGAGUGCAACUGCUGCUGCUGCGGGGAGGAGUGCGCUUGCUGCUAGAUAUCUUAGUGAGCCAUGGGCGCGACGAGAUCG